CCUCAUGCACUUCCAGCCUACACUUUGUUGUAUGUUUUCUCGACCAACGGAUAUCUAACUGGGAAACAAAUUGAAAAUGGUAAAACUUACUGAACAACGCUAACGCAACGACCGGAAAUAAUUCACGAUUUGUCACAGUUGAAAGCAUUCAUAAAGCUUUCCAGCACCGUGUGUGACAUUUUAUCAAAACAAAACCUCCUUUGUCGCUGAUAUGAUGUACAAAAGAUGAGUGAUAAUGUAUUUGAAAUAGCUUAAUCGUGGCUCAAAUACAGCGAUCGCUAAGCCUGCUUCCUUAUUUGUAUCGUAUUUCGGCCAUCAGUGGUAUUAAAACACGACGGCAAAAUUACCUCUACGUUGGUGCGCUUACGCCAGUGGAGUGAUCGCAGACAAUUAGUGCCUCGAGUCAUAUUACUAAAAGCUGAAUCAUAUUAGACCAUUUUAUAAAGAAUCUCAUUUACAUUCUUGGAUUUUGCCAUCAACGAUAUUUUUUGAAACACAAAAAAGUGUUGUUCCAGACAUACCAUGCUCUUAACAGGGUUUUGGAGUAAAGAAUGGUGCUAAGGCGUAACCACUUAGCUAUCACUAUUUAGAUAUUCGAUUCGACUGCGAUUUCAGUGCUGUGUUUUCCCUAUCUGCCGAUCAUGGCUUCGAAUGCAAUUGAAAUCUUUGAAGUGCAACUCGAUCAACCGAAUCGUGUGUUUUAUCCUGGCGAAACUGUUAGCGGUCGGGUUAAAUUGCAUCUGAAAGACGAUUUGAAGAUCAAGGAAUUGCGACUAGAAUGCCGCGGCGAAGCUUAUGUGAACUGGCCUGAAUAUUCAGGCAGUCACACUCGCUACCAUUACAACCGAGAGCGGUUCUUUAGCACAAUGGCAGUGAUUUUUGGCGAGGGAAAGAAUAAGAAAAAUGGCAUGAGCUCAUCUGCUUUCAUUUCGGAAGGAAGUUACCGGUUCUCGUUUAAGUUUAUCAUUCCCGACAAGUAUCUCCCAACGUCUUUCGAAGGUCGCCAUGGCAACAUACGGUACUGGGCGCGAGCAGUCCUUGAAAGAGGUUUGGGUAAGAAUAAGAUCAAGACAAAACCGGCACAGUUUCUGAUUGGUGAUUACGUGGCACUAGAGGACUUUGAACAUGUUUCGGACCCUGUGAUUGAGGAAGACUCACGAACAUUGGGAUGGUCUUGUAUGACUUCCGGCACGUUGGUAAUCAGAGCAGAGAUUGACCGAGGUGGUUUCAAACAAGGAGAUGAUAUAAACAUCUCUCUCCUGGUUGCAAAUGAGACAUCUCGUAAUGUAGCUUACACUGAAGUGUCUCUCAUUCAGCGAGCACUGUUUGUGGGUGUCGAAGGUGGUAAAACAUUCAAUGACCGAACAGUAUGUUACGUAAGAAAACAAGGAGUUCUUAGCGGGUGGGAACAAGAUUUCCCCAAGAUAUCACUUGCAAUUCCACCUACCACCUUCCCCACACUGAUAUCGUGCAAAUGUAUAGCGGUCCUAUAUUUCAUACUGAUCAAAGCGAAAAUUAGAGGAAAGUUCGUAAAGGACGGUUACCUGGAAAUACCAGUCGUAGUUGCGUGUUCAGAUGACCAGUCAGAAAUGCAGGUUCAGCAGAGUACACAAACAAGAAUGACGUUCCAAAAUCCAAAGCGACGAAAAGGAACAUUCUUCUGCAUUACAGGAAAUACCUCUUUGUUGGGGAGCCCAAAUAGUCCAAAGUCAGAAUACUUCAAAGAAGACGAAAAUGAUAAAUUCAUUUAUAGUCCGACCUCAAGGUCUUUCGGAAGUUAUGAAGGAACUUUUACUGAUAUCGCAAAUGUGUACAAUUCUAGAAAUGGAAAAGUUUCACGUGGAAAAUAUUCCAUUAGUAACGAGACUGACAAUACAAAUGUAACUCGUAACGGUCGAGUUAAACUUGUAAGUGUAGUUUGAAUGACUCAGAGCAAUAUUAUUGAUAAAAACCCUCGUCGAAUCUGAAGAUUGUUUUGAAACAAGGAGAAUAUUGUUGAACGGCACCUUUUUGGAAUUCGCGAGAGAUUAACCGACAAAUGGGGUCAUAUGAAUCUGCAACAAAGACCAAUCGAUGGAAUGGUAAAUCCAAUCCAAUCAAAGUUUUUAAGGUGUUUGUGUAAACCUUUGAGUGUCAGAAAACAUGAGUUAUAAGGUCAAUAAUGACUUAAAUCUCAUAUCCGACUGGACUAGAUGGCGGAGCAGUCUUUUCAGAACGUUGAUAGGGCCGGUUUUCCAACAAUCAAAUAUAUGAAAAAUAUUAAAGUAAUGAUCAAAAGAUUUCAGAUCAUCUAGAAGGAAAUUCAUCUUCAUUUGCUAUCCUAGUGAAAUGUCGCGUUGGAGAUGAGUGACAUGCUGUAGAUUUAAGUUUAAGCGGAAUCGCUGAUGUUUUUGUCUUUGAAAUUCGGUUUCUUGGGUUUCAUUUAUACAUACUUUCGUUUUAUUUAAUAAAUUUAAUCUUUGAAAGGGUUCAGAUUUGUUAGCGAAUAUAAUUGUGAUUGAUACGAUGUUUCACAAAUUUUAGAAUAUCGCAUAUUAUUUUCAUUUUGCUGAUUUGUGAUGGCAAUUUGUAUUUAAUGACUUACAUCAUAUGCGGAAGGGAUCGCUUUUCUAUAUAUUUAUACAUCUAUACAAUAUCAUUUAUGUCUGUACGUUUAUCUAUAUGGCGGGAUCGCUGCAUGUUUUUUUCUUUGAAGUUUAGUCUUCUGAGCUUUACUUGUACGUAGUUUUUUUUUUAGUAAAUGAAUAGAAUAUUUAAAAGGGUUCAAAUAUGUUAGCAAAUGUCAUUGUGGUUAAUAUGAUAUUUCUUAAAUUCAAAAUAUGAUUAGAGAUGACAAUUUGUAUAUAAUGACGUACAUUAUCUAUAUAGAUCAUUACAGAAGAUUUGCUCAAUGAAAACCAGCGUCCUUCAAGUUUUAUGUUCUCAUCAUACUUUACAUUGUAAAGCGUCUAUGAACCUAUUUACAAAACAAUUGUUAUAUAUUUAGUAAUUCAAUGAAGCAAAAUAUAAUACAUACUGUCGAUAAAGAAACAA